GAACAUCAAUAUUCAUUCAUAGCCUACAAACCUACAUUCUGACAUCCCAUCACAUAGCAUUUGCUAAAAAAACCAGCCUUUUGUAUUGUUUUGUCCCUCUUUUACACACGAUAAAAAACACACACACACACACAAAAGAGGAAGCAUCAAACAAUGGCUCUGCAAAAACAUUUGGUCUUGUUCUAUGUUGUUGUCUCUUUCUGUGCUGCUUCAUGUUACAGUAGUGGUUUCCAAGAGUUCAACUCACUUCAUAGUUUUGUUGACCAUGAAAAAGAGUCUGGCUAUAAUUCUAGAGCUCAUCCUUCAUACAUGAACACCAUUGAAGGUGUCGAGUUCAUGGAAUUCAUAAAGCCAAGAGCUCAUUCGAGGAAGCUCGAAAGAGCGGCCGGUAGCAAGUCAUCAAGCUCGGUCAAAACGAUUAGUGUUGCUAAUUUUGGAGCUAAAGGAAAUGGUGCCGAUGACACACAGGCAUUUGAGAAGGCGUGGAAGGCAGCUUGUUCUUCCAAUGGAGCCAUAGUUCUUGUGGUGCCACAAAAGACCUAUCUUGUUAGGCCGAUCGAAUUCUCAGGCCCCUGCAAAUCUCAUCUUACAAUGCAGAUAUAUGGAACCAUAGAAGCAUCAGAUGAUCGGUCAGUCUACAAAGAUGUUACGCAUUGGCUUAUCUUUGACAACGUCCAAAGCUUGUUAGUUGAAGGUCCUGGAACCAUCAACGGCAAUGGAAAUAUAUGGUGGAAAAACUCAUGCAAAAGAAAGCCUCAGCCUCCCUGCAACGAACAGGCCCCCACUGCGGUGACCUUCAACAAGUGCAAUAACUUGCUGGUGAAGAAUCUGAAGAUCCAAGACGCACAGCAAAUGCAUGUUAGAUUUCAAAAUUGUAUAAAUGUUGAAGCUUCCCAUCUUACAGUAACUGCACCAGAAGAUAGUCCUAAUACUGAUGGAAUUCAUAUCACAAAUACCCAGAACAUUACCAUCUCGAGCUCUGUUAUAGGAACAGGUGAUGAUUGCAUCUCUAUUGUAAGUGGGUCCAAAAGAGUGCGAGCUACAGACAUAACUUGUGGACCAGGCCAUGGAAUCAGUAUUGGUAGCUUGGGAGAAGACAAUGCAAAUGACCAUGUUUCAGGAGUAUUUGUGAAUGGGGCUAAGAUUUCUGGAACCUCAAAUGGAGUCAGGAUCAAGACAUGGCAGGGAGGUUCAGGCAGAGCGAGCAAUAUUGUUUUCCAGAAUGUGGAAAUGAAUGAUGUGACUAACCCUAUCAUCAUAGACCAAAAUUAUUGUGACCACAAAAACAAGGAUUGUACACAACAGAGGUCGGCAGUUCAAGUGAAAAAUGUGUUGUACCAGAACAUAAGAGGGACAAGUGCUUCAACUGAUGCCAUAACAUUUAAUUGCAGCCAAAGUGUUCCAUGUCAAGGCAUUGUGCUUCAAAACAUUCAACUGCAAAAUGGAAGAGCCAAAUGCAACAAUGUUAAACCUGCGUACAAAGGCGCUGUCUCUCCGCGAUGUUCUCGAGGAUUAGUAAAUUAAAAAAGGGAUUAUGAAAUUAGGUUUGGAUUGUAAAUCAUGUAUUAAUUCUUGUACCCAAUAGCACAUAAAUAAUUGUUUCUAUGUUGUAAUUAUAUGAUCAUAUAGUUAUUGUGAAUAAGCAUACAUAAAGAAAAGAUACCAACUUUGAUACAAGUUACUUUUAUA